UGAGAGAGUGAGAGUGAGAGAGAGGGGAAAAAAAGUGAGACACCAUAUACAAAUUCAACUGAGGACUCUUGGGAAUGACCAGAGGCUUUUGAAAGAAACUACACAAUCUCAGCAACAGCAACAUAACUUGAAUCUGAUCUGAAAAAAAGAGGGAGUUGAAUCAGAAGGACAUGACAAUGAAGGACCCCCAUGGCAGCGUGGAGGAGGGCCUCACAGGGCCACCCCAGGAGGGGAAAGGGGCCAUAGCUAGGCUCAGGAAGGAGAUCAUCCGCGUGGCCCUGGCAGAGACUCUCAGCACAUUCGUUAUGAUGGUGUUUGGGUUGGGCUCGGUGGCUCAGGUGGUGACAGGGAGAGGGGCGUUCGGGGAGUACCUGAGCAUCAACCUGGGCUUUGGGAUUGGCGUGGCCAUGGGAGUGCACGUAGCUGGCAAGGUUUCAGGAGCCCAUAUGAAUGCAGCGGUCUCCUUAACCAUGUGUGUCUUUGGCCGUCUGAAGUGGACAAUGCUUCCCUUGUAUGUCAUGGCUCAGUUUCUGGGAUCGUUUCUGGCAGCUGGAGCCAUCUAUUCUCUCUACUAUGACGCCAUUCAUCACUACAGCGGUGGAAACCUGACGGUGUCGGGCCCAACAGCCACGGCUGGAAUUUUCGCCACGUAUCCUGCCCCCUACCUCUCAAUCCAGGCCGGCUUCCUGGACCAGGUGGCGGGCACGGCUAUGCUUCUCCUCUGCCUGAUGGCCUUGUCAGACCAGAGGAACCAGCCUGCCCCGGUUGGCAGUGAGCCCCUGGCAGCCGGACUCUUGGUGAUGCUGAUCGGUGUCUCUCUGGGUAGCAACAGCGGCUAUGCCAUCAACCCCACCCGAGACCUGGCACCUCGAGUCUUCAGUUUCAUUGCUGGAUGGGGACCUGAAGUGUUCACGGCAGGCAACAGCUGGUGGUGGAUUCCAGUUGUGGCCCCUCUGGUCGGGGGCAUUUUUGGGGCCUUGAUCUACAGGGUGUUUGUGGAGAUGCACCACCCCUCUCUCCGCAACCGAGCCCAGGCCUACUAGAGCGAGGGCGAGCCUCUGGAUAAGAUUCACAAGGCAGGUCACCCAGAAGUAUGUGUGUAAAACAGCUGCUGGAUAAAACUGAAGACAAGCUGGCAGUUAUGCUGGGACCAAACAGUGGUUGUGGAAACCACAAUGGGGAUGAAAUGCUGGACUUGAAGGAGCCACAGUGAUGCUGAUGCCUGUUGUGUGUGUCGCCCUUCAUUGUGCAGUGGCUCCCCCUACAGGUCAAAAACUGCAAAAGCUACAGUGUCAUUUCCUCCAGUGAUGGCAGAUGGAUAGACUAAACAGUAUUAAGUAAAGGAUUACUCCAUCUUAUAAACAGACAGUGUACAAGAGGGGGGAAAUGGGCCAAAGGAGAACAUGCAUAUUGGCCAUACUGAUCCAGGCUAAUGGAGAAAACACAGAGAAGAGAAACAGCCAGCGAUACAACAUCAUAAAGGACUGGAAUUGGAAGGGCUGAUGGAGUCAAAUAACUCACUUGCCCUCACUGUCCUGGAAUGCAAGACUAGACAUUUAUCUAAUCCAGUGGUUCUCAAACCUUUCCCAUCAUUCCCCCCUUCGGAGGGUCUGAAUGCUUCCGAGCCCCCCCCCCAAGCAACAGCAGUACUCGCGACUGAUUUUAUGAAUCAAAGGAAAGGUGACUGGUGAGAAAGAGGGACGUGUGUCAUUUCCUAUGCUAUUCAAAUUCAUGACAAUCUAUGAUAUAAUGUUGGUGAGGGCUUAAAAUGUAUUGCUUAUUGGAGAGACAGGAAAUAAUUUCCUUGGGGGGAAAAAACCCAAAAUCAGAUGUCACACGCCCCCCCCGUGUUGCAUCCGCGCCCCACUUUGAGAAACACUAAUCUUUGAAUAGGUAAAGUAAGGAAAUGCCUCACACAAUAUAUUGCAUGUAGAGUAGUAGAACAAAUGUGUAAUAAUGAGCAAAGGUGUAACAGAAUUAGAAAUGCACCGGAUCCUGAUUUUUAGGACCCUGACGGAUACCGGAUCCACUUCUUAAGAUCCUGCCGGAUCCGGAACCGGAUACCGGAUCCUACGAAAGGGUUGAAACACAUAGCCUACUCGCACACGUGGGCCCUUUUUAAUUACGUUGGCUCAAACUUUUUUUUAGAGUCAUUGGCUUACUGCCACACUGCCUGCAACAGCCACUUCCAAAGGGCUUUCACCCCAUGCAGUGAUUGGGGUUGUGAAAGACUGACUGAAAAGCCUAGGCUACGUAAAAACUAGAGAUGCACCAGAUCCUGAUUUUUAGGUAACUGCCGGAUACCGGAUCCACUGCUUAAGAUCCUGCCGGACCCGGAUCCUGUGAAAAACCCUAUUAUCCUGCCGGAUCCGGAACCAGAACCGGAUCCGGUGCAUCUCUGAACAGAAUGCCUACUAAAACAAUGCCUUGUAGAAAGUGAAAAAUCUGAUGCACCAACAACCACAAUACCCACAAUAUUCAUGUAUCCCCACAACAUUAGUAGCACUGUAGUAUUAGUACUGUAGU